AAAGAACAGUCGUUAGCUCCUUCGAAUCUUCUUCGCGAAGCCGAGCUGUUGUUUCCUGGAAUUACUUCUAGCGCAUUGGGAAAAGAUCGUCAAGCUCUGCUUCUUCUUCCGAAUCGAUGCUUGUAGAUCAUCGAUUCAGUCUGAUCGCAUUCCACUGGAGUUAUUUUUAUAAGCAUUUCUUCUUUGAUUUAUCGUGCAAUUUUCUACAUCUGCGAGUUUCCAAGUUGGUGCCUGAAACAAUCGGAAGGAUUACCGAAGUGAUUUUAUUUCAGAAGAAUUUUCGUUGAGAAGCUGCUCUUUCUCCCUUUCUUCCUCUUUUCGGCAUCGAUAUUUAUAGAUGAUCGAAAGUAUUUUGUAGUUUGUCCUACUUCCGCUGGUGAGAGCGUAAAUAAUCGAGAGAUUACUUCGUCGGCAAGAGAGAUAAUCCGGUUUCUGCUUGAAAAUAAAUUUUCAAAAAUAAUCUAGAACCUCUCCGUUUCUCUCGGUUCAAUCCCUUCGAGUUAGAAUUGAUCUCGAAAACUCUCAAGCUCGAACAAUUCUCAAGCUACUCUGCUCUCGUUUCCGAAACCAGAUUCUUUAUAAACGAUCAAGAAUACCUUACAAUUGUUUUCUUGGAACCGGUCUUUGCAAAAUAAACCGAAGGUUCGCGACCCUCUCCGGAUUGUUGCAAGCAAUUGCGGAGCACGCCGAUUCAUCUCGCGCGUGAUAUAUCCCGAGAGAUCUUGAUCGAUAAAUUUCGAACGAGCGGGACACGGGGAUUCACAAAAUUACGUCAGAACUUCGUUCAUGUCGCAGACCCCGAGGGAGGAGGCCGACGCGAUGAAGGCCAAUACGGCGGCGACGAAGAUCCAGGCCAACUUCCGCGGGUAUCGCGUGCGCAAGCAGUUGAAGGAGUCCACGCAACGUCGUCGCCAGAAACACCAGCAGCAACAGGACCAGCAGCUGGAUCAGGAAAAGCGGCAGAACCAGUCAAAGCCGAAGGACCCCCUCCUGAAGAGACAGAACACUCGCGAGGCUCUCGAGGAGAAGUCGGCGACGAAGAUCCAAGCGGGCAUUCGCGGCUAUCUGGUGCGGAAGAGGCAACAGGCCGUGCAGGCCGCGGCGACGAGGAUCCAGGCUGGUUUCCGUGGCUUCAGGACGCGAAAAUUGCUGAAGCAGAACGGCCAGUGAGCUGUACUCGCUGUUUCCUUCUUGCUGUCGGAGCAGAGGCGGCGAGGGACAUCGGAGUGCGCAAGAGCAUUUUGCGGGUCCACUUGCAACACGAAGGGAACCUCAGGAUUAGAUUGGUGCGGAGGAAAACAACGAUCUUAAUUGAGCUGAUUGCGUUGAUUCACGAUGCUUGACGCGCGUACACAUUUGGGACACUCCGUGCAUUUCUGGAUUGAUUUCGUCGAAAGCUUUAAGAAAACGACCGAUGAUAAUCAGCGGAAUGUUGUUUUGUCACACUUUAUAUUUUAUCACUGUUUUUGCUUAGUUCUAUGUAAUGGCUUUCGUACGAUAAACGAUAGUGAUAACAACACAAGCAAUAAUCGAAGACGUUGAGACCUGAAAGCGAUCGAUACAUAUUAUAUAUGCGAUACAAGUUAUUUAUAUUAUUAUGCGAACUUAUUGAGAAUAUUCUCUGUUAUUGUUUCACAUAAUUGUUUAUGUAAUUAAUGCACUGAUUACGAUAAUUCAAGUGGUACACACGCAAGUUAAUACUGAAUAUAUUUCUAUACUGUAAUCUCGUAUCUAUGCGAAUCUUGUUGAUAAAUGAUAUUUGUAUGAGUAGUGUAUAGAUGUAUAUACAUACAAUAUAUAUUUUUGUCAUUACAUUUGCAUCCUCCACGAUUCCAUGUUUUGAUCUUGCGAAUAAUAAAAAUAUCUAAUCUUC